CUCGUUAUUUCGGUCUGCGACCAAAACGUACAGAUCAACCAUGGCGGAAAGAGAGCAAAGUAGCCGAACAACUUUAUCUUUCUCUAUCGACAACAUCCUAAGAGAUGAUUUUCCGCAUUCUUUAAGAGCAAACAGGCCAUUUUCUUUUGCUCUCGCAAGUCAAACUUCUCAGGUUCAUCGAGAAUCUCUAUCGUGUCAAGAGUGUUCAAGUUCUGCGCGCUACAUCAGACCUGUUUAUUUCUAUACUGCGCCAAACAUUGCUGGCAGGACCGAAGUUGGUACCCGUGUGGUCCGAAGUCAUUUAAACAUUCAACCUCAGUGUACAAACUCGAAGAAAAGUGAACAAGAAAAAUCUUUGACUAACUCUACUCAGACUACAGUAGAGGCAGAACGUAGCAAGACCACCGAAAGUCCCUGCAAGCAUGACACAAACCUGAAAACGAAAMGCAACCCCAAAGAACAGCCAAAGGACAAGAAAAAGCGUUUCAGAAGCCAUUUCUCCCAACUCCAGCUUCAGUACUUGGAAGGUAUCUUCUCACGACAGCACUACCUUAGCAGAGACGAGAGAACACUCUUGGCAUCUGCUUUGGACAUGACCGAGCUACAAGUGAGAAACUGGUUUCAAAACAAGCGAUACCAGAAGAGACACAGAGAGAUUCAAGCGCUUGAAAAAGUUGGCAAACAGGUUCCCGUGAAAAUCAUUGUUAGUGGUCGAGGUCCGGUCAUUCCGGCAUUUAGAAUAGGACCUCAAGAAAAUCCAUAUUAACUUCAAAAGUGAAAAGCAAAAAAAAAAAA